AUGCGACAAGAGAACCGUUUUGAUAUUCUUUCAGGAGGUGUGGAAGAUCCAAACGUUAGCGUCAAAUUAUCGAAUCAGCUCGCACAUCUUUCAGAGCUGUCGACUCCUGAGGUAUUUGACCUAAAAACGGAAAUAGAGAAUGAACUAAGUACUCUGUUCGAGAAACUAGAGUCACAAGGAGCAGACCUUAAUUCCAGUCUGGUAACACCAGAUGGAUUUCCGCGAUCAGAUGUUGAUGUUUUGCAGGUGCGACUACUUAGACGCAGCAUAAACAUGCUUAGAAAUGAUCUUAGUGCGGUUAUAUCCAGAACGCAGGAAAUCAUGGCGUCACAUUUUCAGAAAAUGGAGAUCAAGACCCAAAGAAUCGACAGCGACAACGCUUUUGACUAUCGAAUUCCAUUUGCAUUGAUUACCGAGGUAGUCCCGGGGAGUCCCUCACAACAAGCUGGCUUAUUGGCUCAAGAUAAGAUCGUAAGAUUUGCCAAUAUCCAUGCUGGAAAUCACCAGUCUUUGUCCGCCGUUGGGUCUGUGGUAAAAAAUAGCGAAGACAGUCCACUUGCCAUUCGUAUUCUAAGAGGCGAGAAAUAUCAUAAUCUGACAUUAACACCAUCGAAUAAUUGGGCAGGCGCAGGCCUUUUAGGGUGCAGAUUGGUACGGAUUUGA